AUGAUAUUACAUUAUGCACAAAGAGUUCAAAGUAAAAAGGCUGCUGCAAAAAGGUUUGAUAUUGAAUCAAAGCAAAUAAGAGAUUGUGAAAAAAGUGAACAACUUAUGACUUCAGCUCCAUAUAUUAAAAAGUUACAUCCAGGAAG